AUGACACAGCUGCUUCUGCUCCUUGUGGCUCUCCUGGUUCUGGGUCAUGUGCCACCAGGGAGAAGUGAAUUCAAACGGUGCUGGAAGGGCCAAGGGGCCUGCCGAACUUACUGCACAAGGCAAGAAACUUACAUGCACCUGUGCCCGGAUGCGUCCCUGUGCUGUCUCUCCUAUGCAUUGAAACCUCCGCCGGUCCCCAAGAGUAAAUAUGAGUAG